AUGGCCUCUAAGCUUGCGGUUCCGGCGGACCGCGUGGACUUGGAGACGGCCUCCACGGAAGAUGGGCUGUCAGAGCCCGAGAAGCUUCCGGCGGAGCAGGGUUCAGGCAAAGGCAGCGAAAGGACAUCUGGCUUGGCGGGUCUCUUCCGCCCGGGAGGCGUGUUGCCGUCGGCCAUCUGCUUGAGCAAAGCAGGCAUUGGCGCUGGUAUUUUGUCCAUUUCCGUACAUGCCGCCGAAGUCGGUGCCGUCUACCAGCUGGGCUGUCUGCUGAUCGGUGCAGUGCUGACUGUGGCAAGCAUCCGUAUGAUCUCCGUGGCUUCCGUGGAGACCAAGUCGUGGAGCUUCGAGGAUCUUUGUGAGAGCCUCUUCCACCCUUCCAUGUCCUUCAUCACGGGCUUCAUGAACACCUGCAACUGCCUUGGUGCUGCGGCGGGAUACCUCAUCGUUUGCGGCCAGGUCUUCGUGGUGAUCUUCGACGCGGACCAGCAUGCGCGCAACAUCUUUGUGGUGUUGGUGGGGAUCUUCGUGUGCUGUCCCAUGGCCCUCGCCCGAGAUAUCGGCUUCAUGCGGCACCUGGCGGCCCUCAGUGUAGCUGCUUUGGCGUUUCUGGUGAUCGUGGUGGGAAGCUACCUGGGCCAGUCCGGCAUCAACGAGAGCAUCACGCCGGAGACCUUCCUUUUUGGCCCCGGCCACGCUACGAUGCUGAGCUACAUGGGCGCCAUCAACAAUAUGGUCUUCGCCUACAACAACCAGUUCAAUGUGCCACAGCUCACUGGAGAAAUCACACCCGAGCCGUCGGUGAAGCGGAUGAUGCGUGUGGCCUUGCUGAGCUCUGGCUUCAGCUUCGUGCUGUACGCCACCGUGUCCAUCCUGGGAGUCUUGGCUUUUGGCGUGGCAGAGGGUCAGAAGGACUCCUUGAUUUUGGACCUGAUGCCCGUGAGGAAGCAAGUCUUGGUGGUCAUCUCUUUGGCCUCGGUGAUGUACAGCGUACUCACUUGCUUCCAGUUUCACAUCUACCCCGUGCGGCAGUUCCUGGCCUAUGCCGUACGGAAGGUCCGGGGGCGCGACGCCGACGCCGAGGCGACGGAUGUGGUGGUCUACGGCCGGUCCGCGACGCGGUGGUACGACAUCUUCUGUGCCCUCGCCUCUGUGGCCUUGGUGGUGCUGGUGGCUGUGGUCAUCACAAGUCUGAAGGAGAUGCUGGACUUCAUCGGAGCCUUCGCCUCAGCUUACAUCUCCUUCAUCGUGCCACCCUUGUGGAUCCUGGCGCUCCGUCGCAGGGACACGAAGGGCUUCUCGUGGUUCACUAAAGAGAUCCUCCUGACCCUGGCCUUCCUGGCUCUGGGCAUCUUCCUCUUUGUCUUCGGCACUUACACGGCCAUGAAGCAGAUUCUUGGAUUCGCCUGA